CAAAGCUGUGCAACAACAAAAACAAUGUAGCCCAGCUAAGCAACCCCACCAAUACCAUCAGCGUUUCGAAAUGGGAGCAACCUCGUCGAAAAGUAUAUCUGAAUUAUUUGCUUUCUAGUCAGUCGCAGUAAAACAGAUCGCCAUCAUUCACACAUCAGUGUGGAGAUUUUAAUAAUUGAGGCGACAUUUUUACGAGCGUUUGGAGUGCGGAUUAUGGCAUAUCGUCUGAAAACGGCCAACGAAGAAGCAACAGUGUCAGAUUGAAAUUGCAACACCUCGGGAAUUUCAUUCCAACUCGUAUUUUUUGAUGAAGUUAAGCACUUGACCACCAGCCGGGGUGUUAUGGUGACCAAGGAUCAGGUGCUUGUAAUGGUAUCAGUGGUGGUGGUGGUUGUGUCAGAAGUGGUGAUGGUGGUUGUGCCAGUAUCUCAGUGUUAAUGUGCUUGCGUGACUUGAUUUGCAUAACGCCAACGUCGUCAUACUUCUCCGAGUCAAAAAGAGUCAACUUAUGAGGUGCGAGGUCAGUCAGUCCGUCAACCAGCCAGUCAGUCAUCUAUCCAAUCCAGCCAGUGAAAAGAAAAACUAUCAUAACUAAAGAGAAUCAGUCAGCCAGCCGACUCACCGACCGACCGAACGUGUGCCACAACAAUAGUUACUUCUGCCAUUGUCCUUAUUCUGAAUGAAUAUCCCCCAUCCACAACAACAACAACAACAACAGAGACUUGAAGUUGGCGUUGUGUUCUAGUCUCUGCAUAGAAAAGAGGCCUAUUACUACUGACUACAAAUUGUUGGCGUUGUUGUAGUUGUAGCACUGACUGACUGACGGUUGUGAUUGUUGCCAUUGUGGCGCUGGCUGGUUUCCACCUGGAUUUGUUGUAAAUGAGAAACAACGGCGGCAACACCAACAACCUAGAACGGAGCAACGGUGCAAAGCCCUAACACACUACUUAGACUUUUGGAACAACAACAACGAGAACAACGCCAGUGGAGAACAGCGGAGGAGGCCAGCUUUUUGUAAAAGCCACCAAGGAAAUGUCUCGUCAGUCGCGUCUAAAGAGUUUCAACGAAAACAGCUAUUCAUGCUGAAUGGCUCAGUUGAAAGCAGAAAAAAAAGGAAUCCACAACGCUAAGUAAACAAACAACGACCCCUGGCUGGCUAACGGCUUGGCUAGAUGCACAGAACCAGGACCCUUCGAAAAGCACAGGACUAGCAAGCCCCUCUUUGGGCCACAACGGAGCAAAAAAACUAUUGUGGGAUACCUCAAAUUCUCCAACAGCCGCAAAAACGCUUCUUUGGUUUUUUUUUUCUAAAAAAAUAUGUGUUUUGUAAAUGUCCGUGGCGAACGACAAACGAUUUUGCCAAAACAGAAAUUACCACAAAACCAAAAUACCCGGUAUAUGAAAAUUCAAGGUGAAUGUUCCUCUGUUCAGUUCCGAUUUUUUCGCAAAAAACAUCCAAAGCUUCUAUGAACUCGGCAAAUAAAAGUGUGCAACAAAAAGAAGCAAGAAAAAAAGCCGGAGGAUGAGAAUAUUAUGAACCUGUUGUUCACCACAUCAAGGGUUCAACAGAGAGUGUGUUGUAUACAUAUAAGAAAAUUUGUAUAUAUAUAUAUGUGUGUGUACCUAUGUGUCUGCCGUACUUGUGUGUAUAUUUGUUUGUCGAGGAUAUUGUUGAAAAAGAAAAAAAAAAAACAAACAUUCACAAAAUUCAUCUGGAAAAAAAAGUUGCAAUUAAUUGACCCACAUUUUUGUUGUUCAGUUUUGAUUUAAAGUGUUUUGAAAUAAACAUCGAAAAUAAAACGACCAAAAACAAAUCGUUUGUGAUCCAAGCUGAAUUAAAAUAAAGUGAAUACACAAAUAGAUACAAGAAAAGAGAAGACGUGUUAUGCUAAAGCGGGAUUACAUCUGCCCAAAUGUUCAUGUCUUCUUUGCUGGAACAAAUUAUGAGGUCUAAGGCUCAAGCGAGAAAAUUUAGUCAAGGCAGCACAAGUGACGAUUACGAUUUGGGUGCAUUCAAACAGUUUCCUCACAAUUUGAUCUCUCCCAAUUCGGCCCAUCCGUUGGCGUUGAGCGCCCAUAGUACAGAUCUGAGUAGUUAUCAUCAUCACUCGCAGCAACACCAUCAACAGUCACCACUGAACGGCUAUCGAGGCAGUGAAUCACCGCCAAGAAAUACCGGCUUGCCGGAUGCAAAUUCUCCACUAACCACCAGUCCCGGAGGAUUUCUAAACAAUUCUGGCCUGCAUCAUACCACACCCGCCCAAAUGGAGCAGUUACUUAGCAGUAAACUGCAAGCCGAAAACCUACUCCUGGGCAUGACCCGUCUCCAGGAACCCGUCUGUGAUUUAACGCCACGUGAAAAUGGUGUCUUUGCCAAACAACAUCUGCGACGUGGCACCCGAUUUGGACCGUUUGCCAUGAGCGAACCAACGGACAAAACAAAUGCCUGGGAUCUCUUAAAUAUGCCCCACAUACGUAAUCUACUGCAACCCUCGCCCGAAGUUAAGAAUUUAUUGAAGAAAAUUCGCACCGCCACCUCUGUGGACAGUGAUAAAGAGGCUAAUCUAACAACAUUUUGUAUAGCAGGAUAUUUAUGGUACGAAACAAAUCGUGAUAUUGCAGCUGGUGAAGAAAUGAUAGUUGAUGGUCGACCCACAUCACCAUAUCAGGAUCAUAAUGAUUCCUUAAUGAACGGAGAGGCACAUACCGGUUCGUCAAUUCACAGCAGCGAGGAUCGCAAUGAAAGAGAUAAUGUUUCAUUCUAUGGUUCAAAUUUAAAUCACGACGACGAUUAUCGAGACAACAAAGACAAAUCAUCGGAACAUCUAGAUCCUGCAUUAAGUGAUGAUGAGAAUGGUUUUGAUAUACGCUGUGAAGUUUGUGAUAAAACCUUUGGAGAUAUAGAUCGACUCGAUGACCAUUUAGUGGGUGCUCAUCAUUUUCGCAAAGACGAAUUUCUGUGUGAAUUGUGUUCAAAACGUUUCUGCCAUCGUCCUGUGCUGCUGAAACAUCGGGCAUUGGUCCACAACGAAAUCAGGAAAUAUCCUUGUGAAAAUUGUACCAAGGUAUUUUGUGAUCCAUCGAAUCUACAGCGUCAUAUUCGUACCCACCACAUUGGUGCCAGAAGUCACGCCUGUCCCGAGUGCGGCAAAACAUUUGCCACUUCAUCUGGCCUCAAGCAACACACGCACAUUCACUCCUCCAUCAAGCCGUUCCAGUGCGAGGUGUGCUUCAAAGCGUACACGCAGUUCUCGAAUUUGUGUCGGCACAAGCGGAUGCACGCCGAUUGUCGCAUGCAGAUCAAGUGCAACAAGUGCGGUCAGAGCUUCAGCACCGUUACCUCAUUGUCGAAACACAAGCGUUUUUGUGAUUCCACCAACGUACCGCCGGCAGGAGUCGGAUUGCCACCCAGUCUACCUCAUCCAGCAGCGUUGCAUCAUCAGGCCCAGGCCCAAUCCUCGUCGGCAGCCCAAGCUCGAUCUAGCGGCGGCGGUGUCAACGGCGUUUCGCAAUUUGCCAACAACAUGGCCACUCCACCCAACCCCUUUUCGCUGUUCAUGCGUUCACCCUAUUUCCCACCAUUUCCGGCAAUGGCCUAUGGCUUGCAGAGCAUAUUCCCUCAGGCUCCAGCGGUGCCCACGCCUAACUUCCCUCUGAUGUUCAGCAAACCUAAUGUGGAUCUAAGACUACAACAGCAGCAGCAGCAGCAUCAACAUCAACAACAGCAGCUGCGUUCUCCAGUAUCACAUCAGCAACAGAGCGGUGGACAUUUGAAACACAACUCCAUGUCGCCCAAUUUACCCAAGGAACAAAUGGCGGCAGUUCAUGAGGCCUUUGGUUUAUCCUUGGAAAAGCAGGCAACGGAGAGAGACGACAACAAGCCAUCACGUAAUUCCUCUGUAGAGCGUUCGCCAUCAUCAUCGUCGCGGGGCAUUAGCCACACACAGACUCUUAAAAAAGAGUCUCAACAUUAUACCUCCGAUGAAGAAUCCAAUUCCGUGGUGGAACUGAAAACUGAACCCAAGGAUGAAGAAGACGAGGAAAAAGAAAUUGGAAAUACCAAACAUCGUAGUGAUGAUGAAGAAGAGGAGAAUGUUUCUCGACACAAUGAUGAAGAUAAGAAAUCAAUUGACAUUGUUUCGGUAUCGCCACGCCAUGAACAGGAACCCCACACCAAAUCAACAGCUGCCGCCGAACUACCUCUGGAUCUAAGCUUAUCGCGCAAGCGCAUUUCAUCAAGCGAUUCCCGUGAAAGCCACGAGGAAAACAGCCAGAAAUCAAUGGUGUUGCAGCAACACAGCCCCCGCGUUCGCAGCCCCAUAGGCAAUGAGGGGCUCAGCAAUGCUGAAAGCUAUGAACCACCCAAAAAGAAAUCCUCCUCCCUAAGAGCUGCAUUUGGCCUGGGCAGCAGAACAUCGACUGCCUCACCGGGACCCACACCCUCACCAUCGCCUCCCAUGACAAAUGGCAAUGGAACCAAUGGCAUCAACGAAACCGCCCCCAAUGCCAAUAUGCCACCCACAUGUCCACGACCCAUACACCCGAUGCUGCUGGACGAACUCUAUCGCACACACGCAUUGGAAUCAGCCUUUCAACGUCCGUUCCCUUUUUUAGGACUAAUGGGCGAGCGGCCGGCCUUUGAUGCCAAUGCGUUGCGCGCUAGAGGAGAGUCGUUUCCGCCCGAACCAAUCUUUCGCGAGGCCCUAAGAGGUCUGUCGUCGGGUGUAAUGGCUGCCGCCGCCCAUCAAUCUGGAAAACUUAAGGAUCGUUAUACUUGCAAGUUCUGUGGCAAAGUAUUUCCCCGCUCGGCAAAUUUGACACGCCACCUGAGAACCCACACCGGGGAGCAACCGUACACAUGUAAAUACUGCGAUCGGGCCUUUAGCAUUUCGUCGAAUUUGCAGAGGCAUGUGCGCAACAUCCACAACAAGGAGAGACCUUUCCGUUGUCAUCUCUGUGAUCGUUGCUUUGGCCAGCAGACGAAUUUGGAUCGCCAUCUGAAGAAACACGAGGCUGAAUCGACUGGAUUGGCCAUCAGUGAUUCGCCGUCGUCAAAUGAGGCUGAUCGUGACGACUCGUAUUUCGAUGAAAUACGUAGUUUUAUGGAUCGUGUUACAUACAACGAAGAGAUGUACACCCCGACGAGUAUGGGCAAUGGAGAAAAUGACACCGACUACAAUGGCAGUGAUGGCGAAAAUGAGCUAUCCGUGUCAAGACCCUCAUCGGUCGAUGAGUUAAAUGGGGAGAAUAGUAAAACAGCGGGACAAAAUGAAACGGUAACGGUUACCGAAGAUGAGCAGUAAUUUUGGAAGAGAGAGGAUGAGGAAUUUAAUUUUGUUAUGGAAUGGCCCAUAUGCUGACCACGGGGUGUUUCUAUUUAGCCUGUAAAUAUGUACUAAUCAUAGCAUUAAGUAAUUUUCAAUUAGAUCUAAAAAAAAAAAACAUUUAAAUUUAAUUUUUUAAACAUUUAAGCGUUAUCUUUUUAAUUCCUAUAAGAAAAAAAAACAAACAACAACAAAACAAGUAGCAAUAAGAAAAAAAUUUGAAACAACAAAAAAAAUUGAUUGAAAUGGCAACAACACCCAAAACUGAUAAUAAACGAAA